GUAUCAGAAUGGAGAUCAUUGGAGCAACUGCUGUGUUACUUUUAGGCUGUGUGAGCUUUCUGCUUUUUACUAUAGCUAGGAGACAGAAGAGCAAUGGCAGACUUCCGCCAGGGCCAACCCCACUGCCCAUCUUGGGCAAUAUUCUGCAACUCAAUUCCAGAAAGCUUUUUAAAUCACUCAGUAAGCUAAAGGAAAAGUAUGGUCCAGUAUACACCAUCUACAUGGGAAAUGAACCGGCUGUGGUGCUCUUCGGCUAUGAUGUAGUGAAGGAGGCUCUCAUUGACUAUUCGGAGGAGUUUGGUGCCAGAGCGUGCACUCCUUUGCUGUACAAGAUAAGUUCUGGAGGUCAUGGAGUGAUCUUCAGUAAUGGUGAGCGGUGGAAACAGUUGCGACGUUUCUCUUUGAUGACCUUAAGAAAUUUUGGGAUAGGUAAGAGAAGUAUUGAAGAAAGAAUCCAGGAAGAGGUCCAGUUCCUUAAUGAAGAAUUCCUGAAAAGUAAAGGACAGCCACUGGAUCCAACACUCUUUUUGAGCAAAGCUGUUUCAAAUGUCAUAUGCUCUGUAGUUUUUGGGGAUCGGUUUGAUUAUGAAGACGAAACUUUCCUCCGCCUGCUAAAUUUCUUAAAUGAACUCUUUCAAUGGUUUAGCUCUGUUUCAGGACAGAUGUACAAUAUCUUUCCCAAAGUGAUUGAAUACAUGCCAGGACCUCACAAGAAAUAUGUAAAAUCUGUUGAUAAAAUCAAAGAAAUUAUUGCAGAAAUGGUGAAAGAACACAUGGAGACGUUGGAUCUCAGUUCUCCUCGUGACUUUAUUGACUGCUUUCUCAUUAAAAUGAAGCAGGAAGAAGAUAUACCUCAGAGCGAGUUUCACAAGGAGGCAGUUGUCAAUACCACAUUUGAUAUGUUUGGCGCUGGUAGUGAAACUACUAGCACAACCUUACGUUAUGGCCUGCUGAUUCUCCUCAAACAUCCAGAUGUAGAAGAACGCAUCCAUAAAGAAAUUGACCAAGUCAUUGGCAGAAACCGGGCCCCAUGUACUGAAGAUCGUUCUCAUAUGCCGUACAUGGAUGCUGUUAUCCAUGAGAUUCAAAGAUUCAUUGACCUCCUCCCAAUGGCACUUCCACACAAAGUGACCCGGGAUGUGCACUUCAGAGAUUUUAUCAUUCCAAAGGACACCAUAGUCUUCCCAGUGCUGGGUUCUGCUCUACGUGACCCCAAACAGUUUAAAUACCCCAAUCAGUUUAACCCUGGACAUUUUUUGGAUGACGAAGGGAAAUUCUGUCGGAAUGAUGCAUUCGUGCCUUUCUCUUUAGAAAGCAGACUUCUAUCUACAUUUCCUCCAGGAACCACAAAGGAACACAUAUUGGAAAGCAUAUGUAUCCUUGCGAGCUAUCAUUUUGGUUUAGAAGGGAAGAGGAUCUGUCUCGGGGAGGGACUGGCCAGAAUGGAGCUCUUCCUAUUUUUAACCACUAUUUUCCAGAACUUCAACCUCAGGUCUCCAGUGGACAUAGAAGAAAUAGACUUAACCCCACAAAUGAGUGGGUUUGGGAAUGUCCCUCCUUACUACCAGCUAUGCUUCAUCCCUCGCUAAUCACUGAGGUGUUUCAAACUGAAAUACUGCGAGCAUAAAACUCUGAAAUGUUACAGGAACAACAUCUACAAAUUUGCAAGUGCUGUACACUCAGUUUCAGAAACCGUGUUGUAGCUUUGUACUGUAGGUCGCCCACCAUUUAAUUUCUAUUAGAAAUGGACAGUAACCAAUUGUAAAGUGCAACAGAAUACGCUGUGCUAUAUAAAAAAGUAGUAAAUAAUAAAUAACCAUGGUAACAAGUAACUUUUGCCAAACAAUGGGCAGUAACUAUGGCAACAAAUGCCAUUUUCCUAGCAAUGUGUAUUAACCAUGGUAACCAUUAAUUGUUGCCCCGAAAUGAAUCAUAACCAUGGCAACAAGAGCCAUUGUCCUAGAAAUGUACUGUAACCAUUGCAACUGGUAACUAUUGCCCAGCAAGGCAACAAGUGCCAUUUUGCUAGCAUUGUGUUGGUUCCAUGGCAGCUACUACUAUAGGUAUUGCCUAACAAUGGUCCAUAUAGCAAGUGUCAUUUAUCUGGCAAUGUAUAUUAACUAUGGCAACCAGCAACAGCUACCUAGCAAUGGACCAUAACCAUGGCAAAAAGUGUCAUUUUACUAGCAGUAUAUAUUAACAAUGACAACCAUUAACUGUUGUCUAGCAACCCUCAGUAACUAUGUUGUACCCUAUGAUGGGUUUAAUAUACAUUUAUAAUUACAUAUUUGUAGGUGGUAAUAAAAUAUUAU